AUGACAGACUCUAUCGAGCAGAGCGAGAUAGUGGAGGAGGACACAGGGGGUCAGCACCAGCACCACGACACUAGUGGCCACCAGCACCACGACACUAGCGGCCACCACGAUACUAGUGGCCACCAGCACCACGACACUAGCGGCCACCACGAUACUAGUGGCCACCAGCACCACGACACUAGCGGCCACCACGAUACUAGUGGCCACCAGCACCACGACACUAGCGGCCACCACGAUACUAGUGGCCACCACCACCACGACACUAGUGGCCACCACAGACACUAUGAUGAUAAAAAUGUCAUUAAUGUAGAUAGCGAUAUCGACGAUUUAAUUGAUAAGGAGGAAAUAACUAGCAAGCCCCCUGACAAAGAAUCGACGGUAGCUAAUUCGGAAAACGGGUUUGAUCGUAUUUCAAGUCCUGAGGUGAUAGACAUGACUGAAGAUGCUGAGUAUGGCGCGCAAGAAGAAUUCAACCAAAAUGAGUUGGAAUUGAUAGAGGCAAACGAUGCACAGUAUUACAAUAUCGAAGAAGAAGAAGAGGAAGAGGAUGAUGAUGAAGAAGAUGAUGAUGAUGAAGAUGAUGAGGUGGAUGAGGCGGAUGAUGACGAAGACGACAACAACAACCGGCAGCACUUGCAAGCGCAAACACAAUCACAAUCACAAUCACAAUCGAACCAUACGCCCCGUCUGCAACUGUCGCUGCAAUCAGGAUACCCACGAGCAGAUGAAUAUGAUGCAUUGGCCACGAAAUUAAUGAAACCAGUUCCCGAUUAUCCAGUAAAAGAUGAAACUCACUUUGUAUGGGAAAUAAAGGACUGGACACAACUCACAAAAGAAGAAAAAGCAAGGUCUCCUAGAGUCAAGUGUGGAGGUUUCGAGUGGAAUAUUUUGCUUUUUCCAAAGGGGAACAAUACAAAUACUAGCAUUUCAGCAUACAUGGAGCCACAUCCUCCAAUAGACGAAACUACUGGCAAGCCCAAAAAUGAAAACUGGUAUGUUUGUGCACAAUUUGCUAUUGAUAUUUGGAAUCCACAGCAUCCUGAAGCGCAUUUACCAAAUCAAAGCUCACAUAGAUUCAGUAAAACUGAUACUGAUUGGGGAUUCAGCUCAAUGAUAGAUAAAAGGACAUUAGCAUCCAAGCGAAACUUUAAAAACCACUCUGCACAAGUUGCUAUUUUGGAAAACAAUCAAUUGAACAUCACGGGGUAUGUGAGAGUGAUUGAUGAUUCUUCAACUGGAGUUUUAUGGCACUCGUUUAACAACUACGAUUCAAAGUUGAAUUCUGGGUAUGUUGGAUUGAACAAUCAAGGUGCAACAUGCUACUUAAACUCGCUAUUGCAGAGCUAUUUUACAACAAAGCUUUUCAGAAAAUUGGUUUAUGAAAUUCCCACAAUACUGGGUAAAAACGCAGGUGUAGCUUUGGCUUUGCAGCGAACUUUCUACCUAUUGUCAAAUUCUAAAGACCCAGUAGGUACAAUGGAAUUGACCAAGUCUUUUGGUUGGGAUUCAUCCGAUGCAUUCACUCAACACGACGUUCAAGAAUUGAACCGUAUUUUGAUGGAUAAGUUGGAAACUGCAAUGAAGGGAAGCGCUAUUGAAAAGGGGCUUAAUGAUAUUUUCGUGGGAAAGAUGAAGUCAUACAUCAAGUGCGUAAAUGUUCCUUAUGAAUCAUCAAGAGUAGAAGAUUUUUGGGAUAUCCAAUUGAACGUGAAAGGUUUCAAAAAUCUUGAAGAGUCAUUUAAAAACUAUAUUGAGAUUGAAAUGCUCGACGGAGAGAACAAAUAUCAAGCAGGGGAGGAGUUUGGUUAUCAAGACGCCAAGAAGGGUGUUGUCUUUGAAUCUUUUCCACCAGUUUUGCACUUGCAAUUGAAAAGGUUUGAGUAUGAUUUCAUGGUUGAUGACUUGGUAAAGAUUGACGAUUUUUACGAGUUUCCAGACAAGAUUGAUUUAAAGCCAUUUUUGGAUGAGGAUUUACCUGAGGACGUGAAGAAUCAAAACUGGAAUUAUAAGCUACAUGGUGUCUUGGUGCAUCAAGGUACCAUUUCUAAUGGCCACUACUAUGCCAUGAUUAAACCAAACGCCUCAGACGAAACAUGGUUGAGGUUUGAUGACGAUAAGGUGUGGAAAGUUACUCCACUGCAAGUAUUUCAAGAGAAUUUUGGUGCGGCCGAUUUGACAAAGGAAGAGUUGGCUGGUAUGACGAGGCUGGAACAGCAAGAACAUUUGAUUAGGAGAGUUACUUCGGCAUAUAUGUUGGUUUACUAUCGUGAAACAGAGUUGGAAAAGAUUUUGCCUGCUGAUGAGUCGGCAAUAGAAGCAGCUAUUCCAGACCACAUUUCUAAUCAAAUAAAAUAUGAAACAGAAGAAAAGGAGAGGCUAGAAAAGGAAAGACAGGAGGCAUUAUAUUAUACAAACAUUAAACUAAUCACCACUCACACAAUGAAUAGUCACAUAGGAUUCGAUCUUGCUUUGGAUCCAACGGUUGAGAAAUAUUACGAAUCUGCAUUAGCCGGAAGCGAUUGUGAUCCAAAGGUUCUUAAAGUUAGGAAGGACAGCAUGUACACCGAAUUAACAGACAAAGUAGCCGAGUUGUUGGGCUACGAAAAUAGCAACUUGUUUAGACUUGUUGUCACCAGCCACAGGAACAAUCAUACAAAUAGAUUGGAUGUUCCCGUUGAAGACAAAAUGAAGGGAACAACCGUUGGCAAUGUAAAUUCAAAAAACUUUAAUAAAAAAUACGACGAGCCAGUGUUUUACGUAGAAGAACUCAACAAAGAUAUAAAAAACAUUAACAAGUUGGUGCAAUCGAAAGAAAGCGUGGAUCCUGCACAUUUCAGCUUUGACCAAGUUUUUUAUAAGAUCAACUCGGUUGGAACAAAUGUGACGGAGGAUAUGGAGUUCAAAAGCAUUUUGCCUUAUUCAGGAUAUAUCACAGUAAUAGUGAAAUACUUUGAUCCCGUGUCUCAGGAAGUAAGAGGAUUGUCUCAUAUUACAGUUGGCAAAAACGAUACCGUUGAGAGUAUUAUUGACCCUGUGAAGGAGUUGUUGGGAUUCUCAAAGGACGUUAAACUUGAGCUUUUCGAAGAGUUGUCACCAACGAGACUUGAAGCGCUCAAUCCGGAGUUUACAUUCGAUAAGCAGGAGUUGAACAUUGGAGACAUUAUAACAGUACAGGUUUCGAAUGCCGCUGAUUUAGCAGGAGAUGAUAAAAAAUUUAAAACAGUAAAGGAUUAUUACAAAUUCUUAGCCACUCGAACACACAUUAGAGUCAAGCCCUAUAAUGCAAAUAUUGAAGAUGAAGACUCGGAUUACGUGGAGAAUGAUAAGGAUGAUGAUGAUGCUAAUAGUAAAAAAGUAAAUGGAAUCGAAACCAUUAAUGGCGAGGAAAAUGAUGAAACUACAAUAAGGGAAAUUGAGCAAGCCAAAAAAUUGAGUAAAAGUUUUGAUUUAUGGAUCUCCAUUACCGACACGUAUUUCGAAUUGGCUGAAGCCAUUGCAAAUGUUGUGAAAUGCGAUCCCGAAUACUUGAAGAUUUUCCUUAUUGGUAAUCAAGGUCACCGUUAUACCUUGAAAACAACCUAUGUUUUGUCCCAGAUCUUCCCCAAAACAAUAUGUGUGGACACAAUAACCGAUUUUGAAUAUGAGAUUUUGAACUUGAAGUUGAAAGAGUAUGAAAAUUUGAAAUCAUUUAAAGUUUACUGGCUUAAUAAUUUAUUACAGUAUCAAAUGUUUGAAUUAUUAGUGCCCAAAAAGGGAGAUGUACGUGAUCUUUUGAACAAGUUGUUGCACAAGGUUAAUGUUCCUAAGAAAUUUUUGAAAUUCAUAUUGUGUUGGUCUGGAAGCAACCACACGUUCCGCGAGAUUCUUAAAUUUGAUUUACCUGUUAGUCAACUUGCAGAGAAUCUCGAUAUAUACUGUGGUAUUUUCCCAGCCGAAGUUGAAGUGCUUUGCGAACACGAUAUUAUAAAAAGAUUUAGUGGUGAUGAUGGGGAACCUGUUAAGGAAGAAGAAAUCGAAGACUCAGCUGCAAGGGAGGAAUUCAUUUUAGCAAAACAAGCAUCUAAGAACUUGAACCUCAUUAUUUCAUUCCACUUUCACAAAAAUAGUAGCAACCACCAUGGAAUUCCAUUUAUUUUCAUAGUUUUCCCUAAAGAACCUUUUGAACAGACAAAGGAGAGGUUAAGGUUGAAACUAGGUUUGGGAAAACAAGCUUUUGAUAAAAUUCGGCUUGCGUUGGCGGAUUCGAGCGACAAGGGAAUGUAUCUCGAUGAUGAAGAUAAGAGUCUCGUUUUGUUCGAUAAGCUUGAUAACAAGCGUACAAUUUUGGCCCUUGACCAUCCUGAUAGAGAUCCAAAGCGUCAAAAUCCUUUCGAUAAAGGUAUUUCUAUUAAGUAA